AGAGACUCUAGGAGACACUAGUCUAGAUCAAUAAAAUGACAACUUUGUUUCUGCUGCGGCGUAAUACAACAUAGACGUGAUUUCACGUAUAGAGGGCAAAUGGAGCAAAGUUUGUAAAAUGACUUUGAUUUUUUUUUUGUGUGUGAUGGGCAAAUAAAUAUGUUUUUUGCCCCAAACCUUCGAUGGGGAAACCGAGGGUAGUAAACAAAGAGACAAACUGCAAAAACUAUCCGAACGUGGGUACUGUAAAUGUCAAGACAAUCCAAGACGAAUGUAAGUGGCACGAAGUAGUAAACUCAUGUAACAAAUAUGCUGUGUCAAUACUAGACCUUUCAGACCACAUAAUAGUGCACAAAGAUAGAGAUGAGCCCGUAGUAUUUCAAACCUAUGCAAAUUUUACAUUGAUUACCCCCUCAGCUUGAAGGAAUAGGAACAACGCCUCUUUAGAUGGAGAAGGUCUACUUAUAGGUAAAGAGACGGAAAAUGCUUUAGCUAAGGUCAAACCUUAGAACGAAAGAAUACUAGUAGCAAACUUCAUAUUUAAAGGCUACCCAACUUUAACUGUCAUAGUCCAGUACCAGUAAUUUAGUUCAGUACCAGUAGUUAAGGGUUCUCCUGAUGAACCAAUCCCUUAGAGCUUUCUCAAACUUGAUAUUUUGGCUAAACCAUCCACCAUGGAGGAAUACAUAGCUGUCAAGAGCAAACUAAAACUGGGUAAGGCAGCUUACCCUGAUGGAAUUCCUCCCGAGGCUCUAAAACUGUGCGAUUUUCAUGACAUCAUGCUGUCAUUUGCUAACAAGUUGUUCCUAGGUAAGAGGCCUUAACAGUUGGCGAUUGGAACCCUUGUGCCGGUUCCCAACCCAGGUGACUUAACUGAAUACACUAACUACAGAGGUAUUAUGCUCGCUUCGGUUGGAGCAAAGAUAACCAACAAAAUAGAAUACAACCCGGAGAAGAUAAGCUCCUCAGACCAAACCAAAACGAUUUCCGCCCGGGUCGUUAAACAACUUCACAAAUCAUUGCUCUUGGACAACUAAUAAAAGGAGUACUGAGUAAGAAUCUGCAGGCAAUUAUUCAUUGAUUUUAGCAAAGCUUUUGAUAGCUCUCAGGGGAAAUGAUGAAUAUCUUAAAAGCGUACGGAAUUCCACAGGCACUGGUUGAUGUAAUCAACAUACUGUACAAGAACACACGUGCGAAAGUAUUGUCCCCCGAUGGUUAAACUGAAUUGUUUAAAAUUACAGCGGGUGUACUACAGGGUGACACACUAACGUCUUACCUCUUUGUUACAGUCUUAGACUUCAUAAUGAGGCAAACUCUUGGAGAAGAGAAAGAAAACUCUAUUUUGAGCUUGAAAGCAGAAAGAGUACUCGUCAUCCUGCUGUUGUAAUUGAUGAUCUGGACUUCGCAGAUGACAUGGCUCUGCUGACAGGAAUAAUCAAGCAAGCACAGGAACUACUAUUGCGUCAGCAAAAGUUUGCUUGUAAAGAGAUAACAAUGAGGCAACAAAAAUGCGCCCUGCUCCUGCUGGCCAUGAUGGUUUUAAUAGCCAUGAUUAACAUGAAAGAUCAUGUGGGUCUUUAUUAUAACUCACUGACACAGGAAACACUUGUCAGGAAGAAUCAUUCUUAUUACAAAUGGGUACCAGGGGAGUUAGCUGCUAUGAAGAAGUUCAAGGCCGACCAGAAAGGCAUACCCACAGUUGCACCUGGGUGGGUCUACAACAAGACAGCUGCUGAUUUGUUUCGGAAACAGAUAAAACACGGCAAUCACAUUAAAAACGGAGAUUUUCUGACAACACAAGAAACUGCACCACUGGACUUCAUAUUAAAGCGCUACCAGUCUGAAACAACGCUAAUGAACGUGUCUAGAGAAAUAUUACACCGAUUUCCUAAAACAAGCCCUUUCAAGGCCAAGGUCAUUAAAACAUGCAGUGUUGUAGGGAACGGCGGUAUACUGAAAGGAAGUGGAUGUGGAAAAGAGAUAGACGCCUCGGGAUUUAUAUUUAGGUGCAACAUGGCGCCGAUGAACAAAGUGUACUUAAAAGACAUCGGGAAAAGCACCAGUCUCAUCACACUCAAUCCUGACAUGAUAAGGUGGAAAUACAAUUCAUUUAAGAAUAAAACGAAGUCGGAAAACGUUGCAGCCUUUGUGCGGGACCUCUCCACCUACGGGAACAGCUACCUUUGGAUCCCUGCGUUCUUCAGUCAGGAUUAUGUGGAAGUUACUUUCGCAGCACACCAAGCUCUGAGGGAAAUUAACCACACGAACAACGAAAUCAUCAUACCUCAUCCUGAUUUUAUAAAAUCAGCGCAGUCAUACUGGUCACAAAAUGGAUUGAACCGUAAAAGAGCGACCACGGGGUUAUACCUAGUCAGUGCAGCCAUACAGAUAUGUGAGGAGAUGCAUCUGUACGGCUAUUGGCCCUUCCACUCCGACAGGAACUACAGACGUCUGACUGAGCACUACUUUGACAAUGCCCUUCCCGGCAAAAGCCACAGCGUACCGGAUGUGUUCAAAUAACUACAGCGUCUGCACAA